AUGACACGGACCAACAGUGCCGCGGUCGUCCCCUCGAAACAAUCACCUACAAUGCACGUCACCUCGGUUCCAUACUCGUCACCGGGAGAAGACGAACUGACCAUCCGCACCCGUGCCGUCGCCAUCAACCCUGCCGACCAUUUCAUUCAGGAACGAGGCCUCCUCCUGACCACCUACCCUGCAAUACUAGGCUGCGAUGUCGCAGGGGAAGUCGUGGAAGUCCACCCCAGCCUCACUUCCAAGUUCUCCGUCGGCGACCGUGUCAUUGGCGCCUCCACCCCGCUCCUGUUGAAGGACGGAGCGUACGCCUACUCCGGAUUCCAAGAGUACGUCGUCUUGAAGAUGCCGGCCAUCGCGCAUGUCCCAGCACGUCUCGAUUACAACGACGCAGUCGUCCUUCCUCUCGGCGUGUACACGGCGGCAAGUUGCAUCUUCGCUCCGGACAUCCUGGGGCUGGCGAUGCCUGCUGCGGGGCGUGACGCGGGCAAAAACAAAACCCUUCUUGUGUGGGGCGCGAGCAGCAGCGUCGGAAGCUGUGGUGUACAGCUGGCAGCGCUGGCCGGUUACGAUGUGGUUGCGGUUGCGAGCGCCAAAAACCAUGACAUGGUCAAGAGUCUCAGAGCAAAAGUGACCUUCGACCACAACAACCCCGCGGUCGUCGAUGAUAUUGUCGAAUUCUUGAAGGGAAAGGACGUGGUGGGUGCUUAUGAUGCCAUCUCCAAAGACUCGACGCUGGACAAAGUAUGCGAAAUCUUGGAUAGGUCCGACGCAAAGAUGAAGGUGGUUGCUUCCGUCAGACCUGGUGCUGAACAGAGCGCGACACACGGCGUCAAGGUGAUGACCAAUUCUGCGGCUGGCAAGGCAAGCAUCGGUUUGUCCAUCUGGCCAUGGUUGGAUCAAGCACUCAAGUCAGGAGACAUCAAGUGCAUGCCACCGCCAGAAGUGGUGGGCCAUGGGUUGGAAACCGUGCAACACGCGGUUGAUCUGAUGGGUCAAGGUGUCAGUGCAAAGAAAUUAAUUGUGACGAUAUAG